CAGUUGCCACAUUGCGCCCGAAUAGCGCCGAGUAAAGAUAAAUGGUGUCGUAUUAUAAACAAUUUACGGUGUAUGUACUGUUCUAAUACAAAUGUUCUGGAUGCCAUUCGGCAUUUAAAUAAAGUGUAUUUAUAUUUACAAUACAACAAGUUAAUAUUAAACUAAAAAAUAAAAAUGAUAGUCAAUCAAAUGUUAAAGUUUUAAGUGCGGUUUUUAAAAUCAGUGAUUUUAAAUCGAGUUUUAAUAAGUUUUUAAAUUAAUAAGACAUUAAUAAGUUGUUUGUUUAUUUUAUUUUAAAUAUGUAUUCAGACGGGCACGAAGUAGACGGCAGUUGGGUACUGCGCGUCUACGUUACGGAUUUACAGGUCGAGAGAAAUCUUCGCGUCAAAGGAGAGCUUCAUAUUGGCGGUGUCAUGCUUCGUCUUGUUGAAGAUCUUGAUAUUGCAAUGGACUGGUCAGAUCAUGCACUUUGGUGGCCUAAAAGAAAUCACUGGCUCACAAGAACAAGAAGUACUUUGGAUCAGUAUGGAGUUGCAGCGGAUGCUCUUUUACAUUUUACACCAAUGCACAAAACACUUCGUGUACAAUUGCCAGACAUGCGUUAUCUUGAUUGUCGAGUUGAUUUUUCCGUAAAGACUUUUAAUGCUGUUAUAAAUCUUUGUAAAGAACUAGGAAUUAGACAUCCAGAAGAGCUAUCAUUUUGUAAACCCCUUGAGCCUAAUCACUUGAAGUACAACUUGAAAGAUCUGCCAGCAAAAAAGAAGAUAGAAAAUCAAAAGAACGGGCAUUGGAACGUGCCAGCGGAUACAAACACUUUUAUCCCAGUCAGUCAAAGUCCACAAGGAUCGAAUGGAAGUUUAGAUCAGAGCAGUCCUUUUAUGUGCGCUCCAGUCACCCCGAACAAUAGGAAUCACAGCACGCCCAUCAGUUCUCCAGUUUCACAUACGGGUACAUGGAAGAGAAAUAACAACUCUUCAGGAUUUGGGAGUACCGGUUCAUUCAAUGCAAACAAUAGUACAAUGAGUUUAGAGGCAUUAAAUGGUGGCAUGACCGAAUCAUUGGCUCAAAGCCCAUCCGCGGCAUCACCAGACGUUCAUGCCAAACUAAUAAAACCGAAAAAUCUUGUCGAACGUGCACGAAUGAACGUAGCAUGGCUCGACUCAUCUCUCUCAAUAAUGGAACAAGGCAUUAGAGAAUAUGAUAUUCUCAGACUUAAAUUUAAAUUUUAUUCAUUUUAUGACUUAAAUCCUAAAACUGAUGCUGUUAGAAUAAACAUGAUUUACGAACAAGCUAAAUGGCAGCUUCUUGCCGAAGAAAUCGAUUGUACUGAAGAAGAAAUGCUUAUGUUUGCUGCCCUACAGGUACAAGUGAAUCUCCAGGCAAGUAUGCCACAGCCAAGUUACGAGAGCAAUGGAUCACCCUCACUGAUAGAAGAUGAUAUUGAUGCAGCACUAACGGAUCUACAAGUUAGUCUCGAAGGUAGCAGUAUCAGUAAUGGAACCAGCGAUAUUACUCAAGUACCAGAGCUCUGUGAUUAUCUUCGGUUCUUCAAACCAAAACGUUUUACGCUCAAGGCAUUUAAACGUUACUGGUUCACAUGCCGAGAUCUACAGCUACGAUUAUAUAAAACACGAGAAGAGAGCAACAGUUCUGAAGCACCAGCUUAUAUUAUUAAUUUACGUGGAUGUGAAGUCACACCUGACGUUCAUCUCUCUCAAGGCCGUUAUGGGAUUAGAUUGGAAGUGCCCAGUGCUGAUGGAAUGACGGAAAUGUGGAUUAGAUGUGAUACCGAACAACAAUAUGCUAAGUGGAUGGCUGCGUGUCGAUUGGCUGCCAAAGGCCGAUCAUUAGCAGACUCAUCAUAUGAAAGUGAAGUAAAUAGUAUCACUGCUUUCUUACAAUUACAAAGACCAGCUCCAGCACCUGCGAUUAGUCCUACUUCACUUAAUAUUACACCAGAAGAUUACGUAGCGCCCAGAUACUCUAAGAAACUUAGAGGAAAACUGGUACAAAGAAUUUUAGAAGCUCAUGCAAAUGUUAAAGAUCUUCCAUUGAUUGAAGCUAAAUUAAAUUACAUAAAAGCAUGGCAAUCACUGCCUGAAUAUGGUAUCUCAUUAUUUAUUGUACGAUUUACUGGCAAAAAUAAAGACGAAUUACUUGGAAUCGCUAAUAAUCGACUUAUGCGUAUGGAUUUGCACAGCGGGGAUCAUUUAAAAACAUGGAGAUACAAUACAAUGAAGGCGUGGAAUGUUAAUUGGGAAGUAAAACACAUGAUGGUACAAUUCGAAGAAGAGAACAUUAUUUUCGAAUGUCAAUCAGCGGAUUGCAAAGUCGUACAUGAAUUUAUUGGAGGCUAUAUAUUUUUGUCAAUGCGUUCCAAAGAAGCUAAUCAAACGUUAAAUGAAGAAAUGUUUCAUAAAUUAACCGGUGGUUGGGUUUGAAAGUAAAAUAAUAAUUAAUAUCUGACAUUUAAUAAAAAAGAUAAUAACUAAAAGUAAAUAUAAAAUAAAAGAUAAUGAUAUUUAAUAAAAUAAUUGUUGGAUAGUAAAAUUAACUGCGAAAAGAUAACGUGUUUGUUAUGUAACAUAGAAAAAACUUAUUACUUACGAAAUAUUUUAAAACAUAUACAUGAGUGCCUAGUGACUUGUUAUUGUAAAAAUAAUAUACAAUAUAUAAUUUUAUAUAAUUAUAAAUAUAUAGAUAUCUACUGAUAAUUAAUUAUUAAUCGAAGAUAAUGUGCAACAUGAAGUAAUCAAACCAAAAUUGAUUUAUAUAAAACCGCGAAAAAAUUUAAAUUUUAAUUAAUCAUUUUAAUUGUCGGUUUUUUAAAAAUAUUUUAAAUGCUAUAUUUAUAUACAAGAUUUUAAUCUAGACGUUUAGAAUUU